UUGCUUGGGAAUGCCCAGCAAAACAUUUGUGUGAUGGCUUCUUCCACUGUCAAGAGUGUAACUGCAUCAUGCCAUGUUUUGUUUCUCUUGCUUAUUAUCUUCUUCUCGGACAAGUCUGCAGGAGCACGAUCAGUCGUUGAUAAGGGAAGCUUAACCUUGCCAAAUGCAGAUGGUUUUGUAUGUUCAAAUUCAGGUGGAAGAGGUGUAGGCCAUUCCUCAAAUGUCAUGCCAUUCCGGGAAGUAAGAAAGCUGAGAGGAAGAGCUCUAGUCCCACCACCUCCUAAGCCUAACGGAAAUGUGUCUUAUAAUCCUCCAAAUUAUGCUUCUCCUCCAACAUCUUAAGAGCAUUCACAAGCAUCAGAUUUAAGGCCAAAGUUGGCAUGGUAUUAUCUUCUAGAAAUCAGGGAGUGUGCUUUUAUUUUAUUGUACCAGCAGAAAAGGAAGUUGAAGGUCAGGCAUAUGUGAUAUUGAUAUAAAAGUGUACAACAAAAUAAGAUCAGAAGAGUUGUUUUAUGUUCUAUUUCAUUUUUCAAAAGAGAAAUUUGAUGGUUGUAUGAUCAUAUUUAGUCAUUUUUAUCAUUAAAUAUAA